AUGGAAACUCCCAUUAUAUUUCUGGAAUGUCUGCCCGAAACGAGUGAAGAGAGAAUAACCAAGAUUGCAGAGUUGCGAUCCAAGUAUGAGGUAAUACGGCUCAAGUAUACGACGGACCCCAGGGAUGCCAACAACGCCAACAACACAGUGGCCAAUGGAGUCGCGUGUGAAACGCACGGCACGGAUAACCCGCUAUCGCAGGAAACGACUAGUCAAUGGAACCAAUACUUCGCCGACAGUGAAUUGCGGUCCCGAAUCACUCAAGACGUGAUCCGCACUUUUCCCGAAAUGGACUUCUUUCAGAUGACACAAAUGCAAACCGUUAUGAUUGAUAUACUCUUUCACUUCGCCAGAGAGAAUCCAACCGUUGAUUACAAACAACCGACGGACACCAUAAACAUAGAGCCGUUCUCAGCGCCGACCGAGACCUCAUUAUUCUCGGUAUUAGGCGUUAAACUAAAGAUGAUAAACGAACAGAUCGUUAAACGACACGAUUAUGAGCUCUACAAUCAUCUCAUUUCAAUGGAAAUCGCUCCACAAAUAUAUGGCAUCCGUUGGAUGCGAUUACUCUUCGGCCGCGAGUUUCAAAUGCAAGACUUACUAGUCGUUUGGGACGCCGUAUUCGCCGACGGUUUUGCUUUAUGUGACUAUAUUUUUGCGUCAAUGCUAUUAGUGAUCAGAAAACUUCUUUUGGGCAGUGAUUACGCCCAAUGUCUCUACCAUUUGAUGAGAUAUCCAUCUGUACCUGACAUACACUACAUCAUACAUUUCGCGUUACAUAUCAGAGAUCCUUUGAACUAUUCAGAACCAGUGGGCUAUUCAUCGCUAGUUAUGCCUAACAUUGGUAUAGAGUGUUGGCCAAUACAACAGUCCGUCAAGAAUUGUUCGCCCAAAAGCUAUGGCCCGACGGCUGUGAGGCCGACAACACUUGCCGUUGAAUCGGUCGACGCUCGCAGACAAAGGCCCGAAAGUGUUGUGAGAAGAGCCCCAAACGGCAAACAGGAGAACGAAUUGACGCACAUUUCGUCCAUCGAUUUCCCGACAGACGGAGAAUCGGAUGAACUGAAGCGCGAGAACCAGGAUUUGAGGCAUCAAAUCGAUUAUUGUUGGCGUCAUAUGAGCUCACAGUUGGAUGCCUUGCAGAGAGUGUUGGCCACCGAACGACUUGCUCACGAGGACGACGUUAUGGUCGCAUUGGCUGAGCUCAAGAAGUGUAGAGAUGUCCUCAAAGGGACCCUCAAAUUCUCUCAAACCAAUCAAUAAACAAAAUUUAUUUGUUUUUUUUAUUGUAAUAAAUAAUCAAAUGAUUGUUAUAUUUAUUUGAAUAUUUUUUUAAACCCUUGAUUAAGCAUCAAAAUUGAGGCCAUUGUUAAACCAAUUUAUCACUUUUAUACCAAUAUUUGCAACAAAAUAAAUAUUUUAAAGAUUACUAUAAA